AUGCAUGGACACUUUCCACCCGUUGAACGACUUCAGCUCCAUCUUCCAGACGAAGAUCAAGUGCAAUUUGUGCCUGAAGAUGAACGUGCAAAUCUACCGGAGGAACUUCAGCGCAACAGCCGGUUAUUGGGGUACUUCAAAGCUUGCGAGACCUAUUCAGAGUUACUCCGUGACAAGAUAUAUGCCGAUGUACCCGAGUUACUCUGUUGGCACGCCAAGGAACGUGCUUGGAAGCCUCGGAAACGUGGAACAGCUAUUGGGAGAGUGUAUUUUGCCGGUCCUCAGUCUGGGGAGCUCUAUUAUCUGCGACUUCUGCUCUAUCAUGUUCCCUGCCCAACAUCUUUUGAAAGUCUCCGUACCGUUGAUCAUACUCUGCAUCCGACCUUUCGAGCCGCCUGUGUUGCCCUUGGCCUACUUGAUGACGACCGUGAUCUGGAUGAAUGCCUUACCCAAGCUGCAACAUAUGCCUCAGGAUCUCAGCUACGUCGACUAUUUGUGAUUAUUUUGGUGGAAAAUCAACCCUCCAGCCCGGCGGACCUGUGGGAGACACACUCAAUGGCGUUGAGUGAUGAUUGUGUUCACCUACUCCGGCAGAAGGGAUGGAUGGAGAACCCAAGUGUGGAGGAGCGGCUCUCCUAUGCGUUACAUCUCCUGGGGGGUCUGCUUGAAGAGAGGGGGAAGAGUCUGGCUGGGUGUUAUCUUCCUGAACCAACAGUUGUGUUUCCAGAAGACAAUGAUAGUCGCAUUAUCAAUGAAGAACUGGCUUACAACAGGGGUGAAUUGCAACAAACCAGCACUGUCAACAUGGCCAUUGCCAAUCCGGAACAGCAGACAGUUAUCAACGACAUAGUUCAGGCAACCAGGGCUCGGACAUCCGCGUGCUUUUUCCUUGAUGGUCCAGGUGGUUGUGGCAAGACAUUUGUGGAGAACACGGUAGCAGCGGUUUUGCGAGCGGAAGGUGACAUUGUCUUGAUGGUUGGAUCUUCAGGUAUAUGUGCAAUCCUUCUAAAGGGUGGCCGUACAGCCCAUUCCCGUUUCAAAAUUCCAAUCGACAUUCAUGGCGACUCCCAGUGCAGCAUCUCAAAACAGAGUGAACUUGCAAAGUUAUUCUUGCGUACCAGGCUGAUCAUUUGGGAUGAGGCACCCAUGCAGCAUCGACACUGUGCAGAGGCAGUAGAACGCAUGCUUCGGGAUGUGCGGGGUUCUGAAGAGCCAUUUGGAGGGGUGGUAGUGGUAUUUGCAGGAGACUUUCGACAAUGUUUGCCGGUGGUGCCAAAAGGUAGUCAAGCACAGAUCAAGAGCGCAUGUUUGACCAGCUCACAUCUGUGGCAGAAGGUAAAACGGCUCAAACUUACUAUCAACAUGCGGCUCCAGAGUGCAGAGAUGUCUGAUAUUGAGAGGGAGGAAGCAGGUGGGUUUGCAGAGUGGCUUCUCAGGGUAGGGGAUGGUUUGGUAGAUGGGGAACAGUCAGACGCUUUGAGAAUACCUCUGGAAUUGCGGGUGGAGUCAACAAAUGAGUUGCUGCAGCAUGUCUAUCCCAACCUGGCUCAGAGCUUUCCGACAACAGAAGCUGCUCUUCAGUACUUUGCAGACCGUGCAGUUCUUGCUCCAACCAACGCCGAAGUUGAUGAGUUGAACAAGACCCUCCUUGGCCAGCUUAGUGGGGAAUCUCGGACGUACCUCAGUGCAGAUUGGAUCGUGGAGAAUGACGGUGCUUCGAACCCGCGUGGUCGACCCUUGAAUCAGCAACUCUGGCCAAUUGAAUAUCUCAACUCAAUCACAAUUGGCGGAUUCCCUCUUCACAAGACAAUUGUCAAAGUUGGGGGAACAGUUCUUCUACUUCGGAACUUGGAUCCAGCUGCAGGUCUUUGCAACGGUACUCGGAUCUAUGUGACACGUCUUCUACCAAAUGUUAUUGAGGGGUGCAUUCUUGGGGGCGACUUCCAUUCGAAUAAGUGUUUCAUCCCGCGUAUCAAACUGGACACAGCAAAAUCCUCUAACCUACCUUUCACCUUGCGUCGUAGUCAAUUUCCCAUACGAGUCGGUCUUGCUCUCACAAUUAACAAGGCACAAGGGCAAUCUCUCGCAACAGUCGGCUUAUGUCUAUCAAAACCGGUAUUUACCCAUGGUCAGCUGUACGUUGGUCUCUCUCGUGCACGCUUCAAGAACGGUCUCAAGGUUUUGCUGGAGGAUUCAGAGGAGGGGAGAAGAGGUGAGACGAAGAAUAUUGUGUAUAAGGAUGUGCUCUUGGCAGCCAGGGCUGCUUAA